AUGUCGGAAAAAUCUUCUCGAGAACUGAAAAGCAGGGCCAUGAUAAGUGAGCGACUCAAAUCACUGACUGUCAAAGAAUUUCAUGCGACAGAGCGAGCUAAGCGCCGCUGCUGGAUCCAAGAUGGGAGACCCAGAGGUAUGCAGUUCGACUCAUACCGCGAAUAUAAGCGAGCUAAACGUGCUUUCAGAAAUGCCCACGAUAAAGAAUACGACAUCUUUCUCCAGUCAACAUACCGUGAAAUAGACGAAGCUGCAGAUCUUGACCUGCGUCUAUUUUGGAGACUAGUCAAGCAAAGACGCCCAAGAUCUUCCAGGUAUUUUCCUGAAAUCCGUGAAGCUUCCGGAGAAAUCCAUUCAGAGCCAGAUGGCAUAGCAAAUGCCUUUGCCGAUUUCUAUGAAAAUAUCUAUAGAAACAGCGAGAACAAAAAUUUUGACAAUAAAUUCAAAGAUUUAGUAAUCUCAGAAUACAUGCGCAUUAAGGCAGAGUGCGGCAACUCCGAUAACUCUAUCUUCAUUUCGCAUGAUGACGUCAUUGCCGCCAUAUCCUCUCUCAAGCGUAGAAAAGCCCCAGGUGUCGACUACAUUACCAACGAACAUGUUCUUCAUUCUGGCAACUCCAUAGCCGAUUGUCUCAGCAAACUGUACAACGCUGUCAUAAGUGUCGGAUGUGUCCCCUUACAGUGGAAACGCGGUUUAAUUGCUCCCAUAUAUAAAGGAGGUUCCAAACCUAAACACUCAUGUAACAGCUACCGCCCGGUUGCUCUAUUGCCUUGCCUCUUCAAAAUAUUCGAAAAAAUCAUAUCUGUCAAAAUAUCUUCCUUGCAACUGUCUCAACCUUUCCCAAAUAUACAACAGCAAGGUUUUCAGAAAGGAUUAGGAUGUCUUACAGCCUCAUUUAAUCUUCAUGAAACUCUGUAUCACAACCUUGAAAUGGGAACUUUUUUGGAUUUCCUUCACAAUGCCUCACAGCCCAAUGAAUAUGAGUGGCAAUCGGUUCGGUCUUGUCCACUAGCUGCUCACUCCAGUAAUGAAACCCUCUUAGGUGAUGACGAUGUACCAUGUUUUUUCUCUCAACGCUGGAAGACAGCCUACAUCGGCUUCUUGGGAUUUAUCUGCGUCUACGCCGUGCGAGUGAAUCUCAGUGUAGCUAUCGUCUGUAUGGUAAAAUCCCAGAAUUCCAUCAACAGCACACGUGAUAACGCCAGCAUCAGCGACCUAAGUCCCUGUACCACUGACGACGAAAGCAGUUCCGUAUACGAGCACGCCGAAUUUGAUUGGUCCAAAACCACCCAGUCUACUAUUCUUGCGUCAUUCUUCUACGGUUACAUCGUCACCCAAAUCCCUGGAGGAUGGCUGGCUGACAGGUUUGGAGGAAGACGGGUACUUGGCAUUGGGAUGUUCAUUGCCUCCAUUUGCACACUGAUAUUUCCGGUAUGCGCGCGCAGUUCAAUAAUCUUGGUGUAUGUACUUCGGGUUCUUCUUGGCCUUUCAACGGCGGUGUCAUUUCCCGCGGUUCAGUCGUUAUGGGGACGCUGGGCACCGCCAUUAGAAAGAAGUAAACUGAUCUCCUUCACUUACCUAGGUACUAUGUUUGGUAUGGUGUUGACUUUGUCUACAUCGGGACUUUUAUGCCAGUACGGAUUUGACAACGGAUGGGGUUCAAUCUUCUACAUCACAGGUGGACUAACUUUGUUGUGGGUCUUUGCAUGGUUCUACGUCACAGCAGAUACACCAGAUCAACACCCACGCAUUUCUAAUGCAGAAAGAAAGUAUAUAACCUCAUCCAUUGAGUAUAAUACAACCAUACGGACACCGAAAACACCUUGGAAGUUGAUAGCAAUGUCAUCUGCAGUGUGGGCGUGUCUGACGGCACAUGUAUGUAAUAACUGGACAAAUUACACCCUGUUGACCAGUCUUCCUACCUUCAUGAAAGAAGUCCUCAAGUUUGAUAUAAAAAGCAAUGGAGCGCUUUCAGCGUUACCUUACAUCUGCCAGGCAGUGUCGGGAUUUCUUGCGGGUCAAACAGCGGACAUCAUACGAUCCAAACGCAUCCUCAACACCACUCAUACCAGGAAAUUCUAUCAGAUUUCGGCGUUUAUUGGUGCCGGCGCCAUGUCAGUGGCAGUAGGAUACACAGAUUGUGACCAGCGAGGCGUAGCGGUGGCACUGCUGUCUCUUGCCGUGAUGUUCACUGGCCUGUGUCGGGCGGGAUUUAGUGUUAACCAUGUGGACAUUGCUCCAAAGUACGCCGGUGUGCUCUAUGGAAUCACUAACACCAUGGCAACCGUUCCUGGGAUGUUAGCACCAAUUGUUGCCGGGGAACUUACUCCUAAUAAAUCACAGUCAGAAUGGCGAUACGUUUUCUUUGUGUGCGCUGGGUUUGACGUGUUUGGCGCCAUUAUUUAUGGUCUGUUUGGCAGUGGAACGAUUCAGGAUUGGGCUCGCGAUGAAGUAGAGAUAGAAGUAACUAUAGGUAACGAAAAAAGUCCCGGGAAAAACCACGCUCAACCCAAAAAUCAAAUAACAAACGACGAUAAUUCAAAAGAAGAAAGCAAGGAAGAAGACUUAAGAGGGAAAGAUGAAGGUGCUAUAUAUAAUGUUGUUGUUAAGCGCCAUGAAGACCCGGAUCUUGAACACUCUGGUGGAUACAAUGAAGACGCCAAUGACAAUGCAAGGACAAUACAGUUUUGAAUAAAUGUACAGACU